UUGCUUGUCUAUAAAUGAGCCAUGUCUAUAUCUUUGUAUACCAGAUCAUUGCACCCUCUGCUCCAAGUUAUCUUUUAACUAAAUGUUUUGGCAGUAACUGUCAAGGUUUGUAUUUGUUUAUUUAUUGAUCUACUUUUUUUUUACUCAUCUUUUAGAUUGUGUUGUCCUCUACCACUUCUUCCAGCUGAAGAGUGAUCACCAGUACCUUUCUUAAGUUUCGAAACAUCACAAUGCCAAAAAAAGGAAAGAGGAGUGAAUCUCAGAAACAGCGCAGAAAACGAGAAGCUUCAUUUGGCACCAGUAGCAGUGCCAGCUCUGUAUCAGGUAAGAAUGAUGCAUACGUUAUGUCUGUUACAGCAUCCCACUGCCAAAACGAUGACAGGUACAGUAGUUACUCUAGAAACCGCCAGUGUACUUGCAAUUCAUUGAUGUUCCUAGCAGUCCACAAUGAACGCAAUGAGCUAAAGAGUUUUGAUUUAGACUGGAUUUUACAGAGAGGCGAUGCAGUUUACACUGUCGUCAAACAAUCGCUCCAGAGCAAAGGCCAGUUUGUCGAUAGUUUUUUAAACUUUGAUGAGCUACCAAACUCAAUGCAGACAAAUGCUCACCAGUAUGACAUUCUUAAACAUCCUCAAAGAUCUGGGCUUCUAAACGAUACACCUGCCCUAGAUGAGUAUGAAAAUCUUGAGAAUACACUGCAGUGUCUUAAAAAUGAUGCGACUCAUGCAUUGCUGCUGUGUGGAGGAUUGUGUAUCGCUGUAUUCAGAGAUCGCUCAGGGAGGUUUGGCUACUUUGAUUCUCACUGCAGAAAACCAGACGGGAUGUAUACAGGUGAAAGAACAGGGACAGCCGUGAUGUUGACAUUUUUCCAUUUAAAAGACAUGGUAGAGAGACUACUUCUUUUGUUUCAAGGGUGCUUCCAGUUUAGUGAUCAAGAACAAUUUGAUCUUUUACCAGUGUCAUUCAUUGAAGUUACAGAAACUGAUGUGCAUUCAGAAGUCCCAAUGAAGUGCCGUGUGCUUGAACGUGAAGGAAUACCAUGCGUUUCUUUUGAGAAGGCUCCAAAUCAUCAUUCACAAUCUACAAUUAAGCAGAUAAAAACAUUUAAUAAGACUCAAAAUAAUUUUCUAUCGGUUGCAGCAUCCCACUGUCAAAGUGAUGUCAGGUACGACAGUAGCUCCAGAAACCGGCAGUGUACGUGCAAUGCCUUAAUGUUCCUAGCAGUCCACAAUGAAAGUAAUCAGCUACAGAGUGCUGAUCUAGAUUGUGUCUUACAGAAAGGUGAUGCAGUUUACAGUAGUGUCAAACGAUCUCUCCAGAACAAAGGCCAGUUUGUACAUGAUUUUUUAAAUUUUGAUGAGCUACCGAGCACAAUUGAGACAAACUCCCAAUGUUACAACAUUGUAAAACAUCCUCAGAGGUUUGGUUUUCUGAAAGAUACACCUGCUCUAGGAGAGUAUCAAAAUCUUGAGAAUACACUGCAGUGUCUUAAAAGUGGUUUAACUGAUGCAUUGCUGCUUUGUGGAGGCUCAUGCAUUGCUGUUUUUAGAGAUCGCACAGGGAGGUUUGGCUAUUUUGAUUCUCACAGUAGAACACCAGAUGGCAUGUAUACUGGUGAAAAAUCAGGCACAGCCGUGAUGUUGACCUUUCUUCAUUUAAAAGCCAUGGUAGAGAAACUACUUCAGUUGUUUCAGGGGUGUUUGCAGUUGAGUGAUCAAGAACAGUUUGAUCUUUUACCUGUGUCAUUCAUUGAAAUUACUGGAAAUUAUGUCCACACGGAAGUCUCAAAGGAGUGCCAUGAGCCUGAAGAUGAUGUAGCUAAUGAACAGUCCCAUUCAACUUAUCAAGAUAAAAUUAAUGUUGUAACUACCUUCACUAACAAUCAGGGCAGAUUAAAACCCAACGUAUUAUUAAGUGAGUUUUCUUAUGACAUCUCGUCAACUUGUCAGUUGGCUUUGUCAGCUCCAAAUCAAAUACAUUCACCGUUGACAUUUGAGAAGCCAAAAAAACUUAAUAAAGCUCAAAAGCGAAAGUUUUAUUGCAACAAAAGGCGCAAAAUAAUGGCUCAGAGACAAGAUAAUUAUACAAAAAUACAGAAUGCAAGUAAGGAUUACGUGUAUAAAACAAGUAGUGAAUACAGACAAAAACAUAAACAAGCCAUGAAAAACAGCUAUUGGAACAACAUGAUUUACAGAGAGCAGCACAAAAAAGCUAUGAAAAGCAACUAUGAAAUUAAUGAAAAUAGAGAGAGAAAAAAAAGGAAUGCAAUAAGCAAGUACAGGAAUGAUGAACAAUACAGAAAUAGGAAAAAAAGUAAAAUAAUCUUAAAUUACAUAAAUAAUGAACAAUUUAGAAAGAGACAAAGGAAUUAUAUAAUUCAAAAGUACAGGAAAAAUGAUCAAUUCAGGGAGAGACAAAAGUAUUCUAUAAUUCAAAAAUACAGGACUGAUGAUCAAUUCAGGGAGAGACAAAAGCACUAUAGAAUUCAAAAAUACAGGACUGAUGAUCAAUUCAGGGAGAGACAAAAGCACUAUAUAAAGGAAAAUUAUAGAAACAAUGCCAAAUAUAAGGAACAACACAUGCAAUAUCUUGUUAAUAGAUAUUUAAAUUAUCCAGAUUUUAGGCAAAGGCAAAGGGAACACUAUAGAAACAGAUGCAAAAAUGAUCCUCUUUUUUAUGAAAAAAGAAAAAAACAAUUUAAGCAACGUUAUCAAUGUGAUGCACAGUUUAGGGCUCGCCAGAACAAUUAUAAUUUAUUCAAAUCUAACAAUUUGAAAAAAAAUGAAAAAAUGUCUAAACUUAAGGCUCUUCACAAAGUGCACUGCGCACAGAGCAUACAAUGUAAAUACAAAAAAAUGUUUCUGAUACGCCAGCAAACAGAAAUGUUACAAAAUAUUCAGCCUGACAUAGAUCCAGUCAUGGUAACUGCCUUAAAUAUAUUCAGAGAUGUUAUAAAACAGGGUCCAACUUAUGUCUGCACAUGCUGUGCCAGGGCACUCUUCUUAAAUCAAGUACGUAGAUGUGAUCGAGAGAAGUAUCAAAAGAAUCCAGAGCUGGUUUCACUUUGUUUGACUGCGAACUAUGUACACAUCAGCUCCAACUGUCCAGAUCAAUGUAACUUGGAAGACAUGACAACAGAGUGGAUCUGUCAUUGCUGUCAUACGACCCUUUUAACAGGUCAAAUGCCAGAUAUUGCUGUAUUCAACAAGCUUCAGUUUUUUCCCAUUCCCUCAGAACUUUGUAAUUUGAAUAUCCUAGAAAGACAUGUUAUUGCAAAAUACAUUCCGUUUGCUAAAAUUUUAUCUCUUCCUAAAGGUCAACAGAGAGCUAUUAAAGGAGCUGUAAUUUCUGUUCCAUCUGAAGUAGAAACAACAGUGAAUAGUUUACCUAGACCAAGAAAUGAUUCACAGCUGCUAACAGUGAAACUGAAAAGACGUCUAUGCUACCAGGGUCACUAUCAGUUUCAGACUUUAAACAUGCAUAAAGUUUUGUCUGCUUUAAAAAAACUGAAAGAAAUCCAUUCAGAAUAUAAAAAUAUAUGCAUUAAUACAGCAUUUUUUGAAGAAGAAAUGUUUAGUGAGCAUGAAGAGGAUGAAAUGAAUAUUGAAGAUCGCAGCCAAAAUGAGAAUAUUGAAGAACAGAGCAAUGAGAAUGUGCAAAAUGAUGACACUGAGACCACUGCAGAAGAACAAUCAAGAGGUCUUGCUUUGGAUACAUGUCUUCAACCUCCAGAUCUUGCUCAGCAGCUAUUGUCCUAUGAUGAUGGGAUAUUUUGUAUUGCCCCAGCUCAAGGAAACAAACCUGUAAGCAUUUUUAAAGUACCUAAACUCGAAUCCAUGGCAUUUCCAGUGCAGUUUCCAGAUGGAAAGAACACCUUUGAUGAGCCUCAUAGAGCCAAACAUAUUUCCCCUAGCAGGUAUUUUAAUUCUAGACUGUUGUCUAUAGACAAUCGUUGUGCAAGAGAUACUAACUAUAUCUUCUUUGCACAAUUUGUGACCGAAAUGCACAUGGCCACAUCUAGUAUGUCUAUCCAGCUGAGGAAAGCAAAACCCAUGACCCGUGAUGGACGAAGAAUAAACUGUUCACUGCUGCAGGACAAACGGGAGUUAGAAAAACUUGUAUUAAAUAAGGAAGCAACCCGUUUUAUGCAGCCAUUAAGAGGGACUCCAGCAUACUGGGAGAAAACUCUUCGUGAUUUGUUUGCUAUGCUUCGGCAGCUGGGCACUCCAACAUUUUUCUGUACAUUUAGUGCUGCUGAAAUGAGAUGGCCUGAAGUGAUUACUGCCAUUAAAACACAACAGCGUGAAACUGUAAACUUUGCUGAUUUAGACUGGUCAGAAAAAUGUGAAAUCUUGAAAAGCAACCCAGUAACAGCUAUGAGAAUGUUUGAAAAACGCGUUGAGGCCUUAAUGAGAGAUUUAAUCAUGUCACCUGCUCAACCUGUUGGUGAGGUUAUUGACUUUUUUUACAGAGUAGAGUUUCAACUUCGUGGCUCUCCGCACAUUCAUUGUUUAUUUUGGGUAAAAGAUGCUCCAGAGUUUGAACAUGAUCAAGAUCAGGUGGUUUGUGAUUUCAUAGAUAAAUACAUUUCAUGCAAAUUACCAGAUGUAAUCAAAGACCCAGAAUUGCAUAGAAUUGUAAGUGAGGUGCAGAUGCACAGCCGUAACCACUCCAAAUCUUGCAGAAAGAACAAUAAGCAUUGCCGAUUUGGAUUUCCUAAACCACCAAUUAAUAGGACUAUUAUAACUCGUCCCAGACCUCCUCCAGAAAAUCAAUCAAAUGAACAAGGUGAAUCAACAGAGGAAAAUCAUCCUUUUAAUGCUAAAAAUGCUAAAGCUGAGCUUCAGAAAGUGUGGGAUCUACUGAAUGACUCAACUAAGAGUUUUGAAAACGUAACAGAUUUACUUAAUCAAGUAAACAUGACUUAUGAGGAUUAUGAGAAUCACAUUGACGCUCUUUCUAAAUCAAGUGUAAUAGUUAUGGAGAGACGACCACAGGACUGCUGGGUUAACGGCUAUAAUCCACUACUAUUAAGAGCCUGGAAUGCAAAUAUGGAUAUGCAAUUCAUUCUGAACCCCUACAGCUGCAUCAUGUACAUGCUGUCAUACAUUUCAAAAGCUGAACAUGAGAUGAGUGAUUACUUAAAAACUGUUAUAAGAGGGUCGAGCCAUGAUGACUUGUCUGACCGUGAAUGCAUGAAAAAGGUCAUGAAUGCCUAUUCAAAGAACAGAGAAGUCAGUGCUCAAGAGGCAGUUGCUCGCACAUGCAGCCUGAAGUUGAAAUCAUCAUCACGUGCUGUCAUAUUCAUUCCAACGGAUGACAAUGCUGUAAAAAUGAGUUUACCCAUGAAAUACUUGCAGAAUAUGGAUGAUGAUGUAGAGAAUGUCUGGAUGACUGGACUGCCAGACAAGUACAAGGCCAGACCAAACAGACCUGAAUUCGAGAACAUGUGCAUGGCUGAAUUUGCCAGUGAGUACCGCAUUGUUUAUGCAGGACAAACAAAGCGAAAAAAUGUUUUGCCACUUCAAAAUAAAUUGGGACACAUACAGAAAAGGACAAGGGGAAAGCCUGCUGUUAUUAGAUUUGCUCGAUUUUCAGAGAAAAAAGAUCCAGAAAAAUUCUAUGGAACUCUGCUAAAACUCUACUUGCCAUAUCGUACAGAUAGCCAGUUGAAAUGUGCACGAUUCCCAACAUAUCAAACCUUUUAUGCAUUAGCUUCAGUAAAACUACCAGGAAGUGAUGAAGUGCAGCGUGUUUACAACAUUGUAAGUGAAAAUCGUGAAAAAUAUGAAAAACAUAAUGAGGAUAUAGAAAGGGCAAUUGAAGAUUUUGAAAAGAAUGGUCCAAUUGAAGAUGCAUGGACUACAUUGGCACCGACAAAUGAACUGAUACGAUUGGAAAGCAUUAUGGAGCGAGAACCUAUUGAUCCUAAUGAAGUUAAUGAACAAGAUGACAUUCCUGAAUACACUGCAUCCAGCUCUGUCAGUAACACAGCUAUGCUGCUAAUGGAGGCUGCCAAACUAAAUACUGCACAGAUUCGCAAAAUGUAUCAGAGCUUGAACCAAACACAAGCUUCCAUAUUUUAUGCUGUGCGGGACUGGUGCAAAAGAUGCGUUUCCGGUGAAAAACCACAACAGUUUCUCUACUUUCUUAAUGGAGGAGCCGGUGUGGGCAAAUCACAUGUUGUUAAAUCUAUUUAUGCAGAAGCAUCCAAAAUACUGCGUAGGCUUCCAUGUAUGCAAGAGAAUACUGACAUUUCCAAAACUACUGUUCUUUUAACUGCAUUCACGGGUACUGCAGCCUUUAACAUCUCUGGUAAAACACUGCACUGUCUUCUAAAGCUGCCAAGAAGCUUGAAGCCUCCAUAUCAAGGUCUGGGAAACAUUUUAGAUGAAAUCAGAGCAGAUCUUUCUAAUGCACACAUUUUAAUUAUUGAUGAAAUAUCGAUGGUGUCAAAGCAGUUAUUUGCCUAUGUAAACUGGAGACUUCAACAAAUUAAGGGAAAUCAGAAACCUUUUGGUGGUCUGUCUGUACUCUGUGUUGGUGAUUUUUACCAGCUUCCACCACUGGGAAGAGCAAAACCACUUUGUGUUUAUGAGGAGCAUGUGUUGGACUUCUGGAAAGAUCAUUUUCAAAUGAUAACGCUGACACAGAUAAUGAGACAGAGAGAGGAUCUUUCAUAUGCUGAACUUCUUAACCGUCUUAGAAUAAAACAGAAACACGAGAAGCUAACUGAUGCAGACAAAUGUAUGUUAGAAGCUGUCAUAAAAUCUGCCCCUGAAGAGUGUCCCUCUGAUGCUCUGCACAUCUAUGCAACUAAUAAAGAGGUAGAUAGUCACAACACAGCAGUCAUAUCGUCACGUUUUUCUGAAAUUAUCACAGUUUAUGCCAAUGAUUACAAAAAAGAUCCACGAACGGGUGAAAUGAAGCGCCAAGGUGUACCACUGAAAGGUGACAAACGUGAUCUUGUUGAUACACUACAGAUUGCUAUCGGUGUACGAGUAAUGCUUAUUAGAAAUAUUGAUGUAGAAGAUGGUCUGGUGAAUGGUACUUUUGGAAAGGUAGCAAAAAUAACAACUCUGAACCGAGAUGAUGUUCCGUUUGUGCACUUAAUUGGUUUGCAUUUGGAUGAUGUGAAUGCUGGACAAAAACAUCGUAACAAAGCACCUGGAGAUGACAAUAUUGUCUAUAUUGAGAGAUUAGAAGAACCACUAAAAAGAAAAGGAACAAUUCGUAGACAAUUUCCCAUGAAACUUGCUUUUGCUUGCACCAUACAUAGAGUGCAAGGAAUGACAACUGAUUGUGCCGUUGUAUCUCUGAAACAUAUAUUUGAACCUGGCAUGGCGUACGUUGCACUCAGCAGAACAACAACACUCAGCGGAUUGCACAUUAUCGAUUUUAAUGAAAAUAAAAUUUUCUGUGAUCCAGAAAUACGCACCUCCUUGGAGAGCAUGCCAAAAGCUGAUUUUCACAAUUUUCAGCCCAUCUUAGAUUUAUUGCAGGAUUCAAACCUAAAUUCAGCACUUAAAAUCAUUCACCAUAACACAGAAGGUCUUCAGUGUCAUAUGGAUGAUUUAAAAUGCCACCAUGAACUUUUAUUGGCAGACAUAUUGUGUCUCAGUGAAACGCAUCUAUCUGGCUCCUGUGUUCCUGAAUAUCUCCAGCUGGAUGGAUACACCAUGUACAAGCGCAACAGGCAUUCAUCCUACACAAACUAUGCACAUUUAGCGAACAAGAGUGGUGGUGGUGUAGCCAUAUAUGUGAAGAACAUCUUUCAAGCUCGUCCUAUGAUGUAUAUCCAGAAUGUUACAGAUUUGGAAUAUCUGGUUUUGAAGAUAGAAACCCCCAAACAAGCACUUCUUGCAGUGAUCUACAGACCACCCAGUUACCAACUAUCAGAGUUUUUGCUCAAUCUCAAUGGCCUUUUGACUUCUCUGGAGAUUCUGAACAUCAAGCCUGUUAUAGUGUGUGGAGACUUCAAUGAAGAUCAGCUGUCCCGUUGCAACAAACCCAUUCUCAAUUUGUUUCAUGAUAAAGGAUACACACAACUCAUCAGCACCGGAACAACAGAAAACAACACUCUUCUUGAUCCUGUUUUCAUAAGCAGCGCACACUCAAAUGUAAGAGCAGGAGUUCUACAGACAUAUUACAGCUAUCAUGAUCCUGUGUAUUGUGUUUUAGAAUAG